UAUUAUCAUUUUUACAAAUUAACGACAGAUUUUUAUAUUUUUACAUUUCUCGUCUCUUUACUUUCUUAUCUCUCUGUUAGUUUUUCGAUUUACACAAUUCGAUUUACCCUCGAUUUACCAUGUUACGAAUGGUACUCCUCUUUACAGCUAUUUUAAGAGAAACGAUAGAUUGGGAAAAGGAGGCAAAGAAAACGGUGAAACUUGAUAUAGAGUCGAAAGGAAGACGGAAAACCAUCUACGAGCUCGAUUCACACAUGUCGUUCGGUCCGUCCGUCGAUGACAUCAUGCGACUUAGCACGACGGAUUUCGAAACUGAACCUCAGAAACGAAUUCAGUACUCGAUUUCGAUGGGUGUGUCAGGUAUAGCUAGAAUAAACCUGACACCUCUGACGCAAAAGGUCGUCGGCUGCGUCAUAGGUGAGAACGUCAGCACCGAAUACCCUUGGGUGUACGUGAGGAAGGAGAUCAUCGAGGACAAUAUCGACCUCCACGAGGAGAGUAGCGACUUUUUGCCUGUAAAAGACGAGAUACGCGAGUUCCCAGACGCGAGGAUACUAAUUGGCUACGUUCCAUCGCUAACUCAAGAAGCUCAGUUCUACAUUUGCUUGACCAAGGAGGGCCAGGACGCCGUCGUGGAACACAUUCAAAAACAGAGAGAGGAACACGAGAAUCGCGUCAGAACCGCUGUAUACAAACCACUGGGGGUGUGGGAGGAACUGGGAAGCAGCGUGGAGAUCGAAGCGAACAUCGUCAGGAAUACAAGACCACUUUUGGAGAUUGAGCUCGUGUCCACCGCGGAUGUACUUAACGCGUCAUUAGAUCUGGAGGACAGGAAGGCCGACGAUCAGCUGGAUGGAUACAUCGAGCUCCUCCCCUAUCGCCAAGUAUUCGAAAACGUGUCUCGAAAACUUCUGUACAACGCAACGCAGGUGACGCCUACGAUGCGAGAUACCAAGGCUCAAACUGCGCUUUCGAUGCCUACGAACUCGUGGAACCAAUACGGAUACGAGUAUACGUCUCCUGAUAUUUCCACCUUCAGCGAGGAACAACGCGAGUCGUUCAAGAGUUUCCUUCGUCGUUUUACCGAUGAAGUGUGCGACGAGAUACUGAUAAACGCCACUUGGGACAUAUACACAAACGAUUACUGGAACUUGGUCCGCGACGUGAGGGACACGCAAUGGACCGUACCAGCAGCCUACAAGGAACACUUGAGCUUCCACGACGGCGUACACGUCUCUGAGAGGGUCAUCAACGAUCUCCGUUGGCAUCCGUUGUGGACUGGGAUCUUCUUCGCAGCUUACACGCGGUACUCCAAGUGCCAUCGUCUUCUGGGCCCCAAACCACAGGACAAAGUAAUGAAAGCGUACAAAGACAAUUGCGUUCUCGUAUGGUCGUUCACGGACAGUUUAUCGCCGAAACUGAUCCUCGACUGUCCAAGGGAGGUCACGACGGUGGACGUGAAUCCGAUCGAUCCAACUCUGAUCAUUGGCGGCUGCUCGAACGGCCAAGUCGUGCUUUGGCAUGUCCCUGGGAAGAUCGAGCAAAUAGAAGCCGUGGCCGUGAGCACUCCAGCCCAAGUAAAGUACAGGCUCAUCAUACGGAAUUUGAGCAGAUGGCUGCGAGAAGUGUACGGAACGUCCACGAUCAGUCCCACUGCGAUGUCCUCGCUGAAGGACAGCCAGAAAGCAACGAUAACCAAAAUAUCCUGGAUCUCCGCGUACGACAAGGUCGACGAGAAUGGUAGGAUAACGUCAUUGCCAGAAGACACGAGCGUCGACGACUUGACGCUGCAAUUUGUCACCUCGAGCGAGGAUGGGACGAUCGCGUUCUGGGACUUGAAGUUAGUGGAACAGAAGAAGUUCGAGCAGGAAAGUCGUCUGAUCGCGAAGAAGAAGAUGACGACCGGAAGACCCGAGAUGCUGAAGCCCGUUUCACCGUUCAAACACCUCGAUCGAAUUCUCAGGCCGCAUUACGUCCUGGUAAUCCAACACCCAGACGUGAGUCGAAGACACGUGAUCACUACUCUCAGUAUCUACGUGCCGACGUUCGAAAAGAAACGUGUCGACGUUGCUCCGCCCUCGAAAGACAUCACUAUUAGACGUGUCUUUGAAAAUAUCGUCAAGAAACCUGAAUUUGAGACGAAGGCAAGGAUACUCGUUGGGACGGUUGAAGGUGACUUCGGAUGCGUGACGUGGGAAGGAUUCGAGUUCACCACCGACAUGGCUAUCAAUAGCGAGACGUGCAGCUGGUCCUGGUACAACAAAGUUCACGAUGGGCCCAUAACUCACGCGAUUAGGUGCAAGAGUAACAAGAACAUCGUCGCCACGGUGGGUGGGAAGGUAUUUUGCGUUUGGAGGAACGAUUUCGAUACACCACUGAUAUCGAAGAAGUCGAACGUUGGGUACACAGCGUUUUCCUGGGGCAGCUUCCGUUCCACGGUCGUGAUUCUGUCGCGAAUGGAUGGAAGCGUCGAAAUCUGGGACUUCAUGAUCAAAAGCGAGGAGCCCUGUAUCGUUCAGAGUUUGUCUGGACGAUUAAUCACAGGAGUGUACACCCACGAGUUGUACUUGGACCCUCAGUGCGUUGGAAUCUGCGAUUUCAAUGGCACCUUCCGAGUAUUUCUGGCUCCGGUAAUUUUCCUCGCGCACGACAAGACCAACGAGCAGUGGAUGAACAACUACAUCGAACGACAAUACCAAAGAAUAAAGAUAUGCAAAAACUGGCAGAACGCGUGGACAAAGGCGCACAGCGACAGCAUCAAACAGAAACAAAUGCUGGCGCAGCACAUCGCAGAGAUGAAGCAACUAGAAGAAGAGAAAGCCAGAACUAGGAUAGCAGUAACGGAAACAGCCGAGACGGAAGCUAAGCAAAAGCCUCCAAAACCAUGGGAGAUCAUCGAAGCGGCGCGCGAAAGAUGGAAGGAAAUGGAACUGAAGCGCAUGCAGCAAGUGAUCCUGGAGAAAAAAGGGCUGCGAAAGGACGAACUCGAAAGGCAGCGCGAGCCCAUAUUGAGAAUGCGACAUGAGGCGAGGAGGAAGAAGAAGAGGCUACAGGAGACAUUGGACAUGCAGGAAGAAAUUUUCGAACACUCCGUGAACCUGUUCUUCCCUAAACGCGAACCGGAAGGCAAACGGGUCUCGCUGACUUCUACCAUGGAACUUCACGCCAAGCAAACGAAAAAGGAUCGCUUGGCGGACACCAUAUUGCAACAGGAAGUUCUACAAGUGAGCAAAGAAGGUGUGGAUAUCAUCGACCCGGACGAAGAAAUCGUUCAAAAAUUCAUGGAGACGGAAGCAGAAGCGUUGGCUUACUUGCAACAAAAUCCAUUCGUGCACACGUUCAAUUGGCGAAAGGUACUGGACGAAGGAAAAGCGAGGCGGUAUUCGAUGGAUUACAAGUUACACAGAGUUCCGAAAUUGAGGAGAAAAUCGAUUAAUUCUACGUAA